GAAUCGUUCGAUACAUAUAUUUACUAAUUUUAAAAAUAACGCACAAAAACUCUCAGACCGAAUAACAUAUUGUAAAAGAAAGUAAGCGUUUUUAAGCGAAUAUAGGUAAUCAUACAUAUUAAAUACGAGUUUCAAUGUCCGUAAUAAAAAGAAUCACAUUAGGAGAAGAAAUGAAAAAAAAUCCGCAAUUGAUACUAUCCGAUGUACAAUCAUUGAGAGAGUGGUGCGAGAAACAACCGCACUUGCCAAAAAUCGAAGACAGCUUUCUCGCUUUGUUUCUUCACAGCAAUUACUAUCAAAUGGAACCAACAAAAAACACAAUUGAGAAUUAUUAUACUACAAGAACGCAUUUACCAGACAUUUUUUGCAAUAGGGAUUCACUUCAAGAAAAAGGAUUACAACAAAACUUCAAAAAUCUGGCUAUUUUCCCUCUGAAUGGAUUAACAAAGGAUGGCUAUAAGAUGAUAUUUGUAACAUUACUGGAGAGUGAUCCUUCCUUCUAUAAUCAGAAUAUCAGUUCGAAACAUAUCUUGAUGUUAAUCGACGUACAUUUACUGCUGGAUGGUACAAAUAAUGGUUAUGUUUUCAUAAUAGACGCUAGCAAAUUUUCUUUCGGUCAUAUUGCGCGAUCGAAUCUAUUGGGAAUUAAGAAUCAUCUAUACUACAUUCAAGAAGCAGCGCCAAUACGUUUAAAAGAAAACCAUGUUAUAAACGCGGCACCCGCCGCAGAAUUGUUAUUCAACAUGGGAAAGCCUUUCAUGAAAAGCGAGUUAAUAGACACAAUACAUUUUCACUCAUCGUUAGAGAGCCUUUCUGAAUAUAUCCCAGUGGAUGCAUUACCAACCGAAACAGGUGGAAAAGCUGGUUCCGUGCACAAACUAGCUGAAAUUCAAGAGAAAAAAUUCGAAGACUAUCGCGAAUGGUUCCUGUUGGAUGAAUCAACCAGACGCGUUAACGAAGCAUUAAGAAUUGGCAAGAGCAAAACAGUAAAUGAUUUGUUUGGUAUAGACGGUAAUUUUAAAAAACUUGAUAUAGAUUAAUAAAUAUUUAUAACUU